GUAUUCACCAAUAAUAAACUCAAACUUAAACUCAAACUCAGACUUUGACUCAGACUUAGACUUACAAAAGACAGACUCAGGAUUCGUAUUCACGAACGCGUUUGGAAAUAGACUUCAAUAAGAUUGUUUUUUUUCUGACGUCACGACUAAGCGAGCACUCUAGUAGAGAAAACGCGCCAAAUAGUGUCAUAAAUUGCAGAAGACAUUUCUGAUACAAAUUAUAUUAUAAGAUGGAGUGUUUGUCUGAGGAAAAUGAUAUGAAGCGUCAGAAGGCUCCAGAUUGGACCGAGCCAGCAGAAAUUGUGUUGAAUGCGCUGGUUCGGGACCACUGGAACCUUCUAUUCGGCGAUUAUAAGGGGAUAGGAGCGGAAAAAAUUUCGGUACUCAGAAGAAAGAAAUGGGACGAGGUUGGAAGCAGGUUGUCAUUAGAAUUCGGGGUCGCAAGAACUGGCGAACAGUGCCGGAAGAAAUUCCAAAAUUCAAAAGCUCGGUACAUAAAAAAGGUCGGAGAAAUGAGGCACCCAAAAACAGGCGGUGGCGAUGCAGAUCAAUUCACAUCGUCGGAGGAGGUGCUUGCCUCCACGAUGCAAGGCAACCCUGUUGUUCAGGGCCUAACAGGGGGUGUAGACUCAGACGUUGUUGCAUCACAGACAAGGAUUUGGGCACUGGCAACCGGGAGCAAUCCGGAACAGAAAGGUACAUUAAAAAAUCACCAUAUACCAAACCAUACAUGUACAUAACAUUAAUUGCAGAUUACGCUUCUAUUUAAAUUCGUGC